ACAGAAAUUAAAUCCACAUCAGCAGAAUUAACCACUCAUGCCAUAGCUGAGUCCACCGCUAUAGAUACAUCAACCAAGGCUAUUACAGCAAAAUCAACCAUAGCAAUAACAGAACGGCUAACAACCACAUUCACAACAGAGUCCUCUACAGGAAUUAGCGGAGGAAAGGAAACCUCAGUGAUCACUGCACAACCUGAGGUAACCACAUCUAGGACUACAGCAAAUACAGACGGAUCGAUGACAUCAGCAGAUACUACCCCUGAGAGCUCUCCUUCCAGUGCAACCACUGUCUCGCAUGAAAGUCCCCUCUUUUCACCACAAUCUACAACACAACCACUAACAACUGUAGUGGAACUCACUACAACUGCAACAAAGCCUACACCACUUACAACUACGGUCCUUGUCAGAUUUACCAGUGAUGAAACGUUUGAUCUUGCACUGCUGAACUCAACUUCCCCUCAGUUUACAAAUCGAGAACAAAAAGUCAAACAUGAAUUUGAGCCAAUCCUUAAAAAAGCAUUUACCUCCUUCCUCGGACUGACAGUUAUUCGGUUCCGUUCUGGAUCAGUAAUCACAGACAUGAAUUUGAAAUUCAUAAUGAUGGACAUGCUCCCUGGGGAUAAUAAUAUCACACAAGUUAUCAUAAAUGCAAAAACUACAUUUAAUAUAACCAGUGUGGAUGUCUGGCCGACAAAUGAUGCUACAACUUCAACCGAACCUUCUAUAACAACCAUUACACCCACUACAACCGAACCAACAACAAGCCAGCCUACAGUUACAACACCAGCCCAGGAUACAAAAAACACCCAGACUGCAACCCUCACAACAACUAUAUUUCACCCUGUAACAACUGUGAUCCAGUCAUUAACAACUUCACAACAAACUGAAAUUCAACCUACAACUGAAACUCUAUCAACAAUGACUACACAACUAGCAACAGCUACAACCCAGGCUACGUUCUCAACAUCUGCCCAGCCUACAGUCCAAACCGUAACCAUUUUACAAACUACACAACCUGAAAUCCAACCUAUAACCGGGGCCCAGUCAACAAUAACUACAGCACAGCUUGCAACAGCUACAACUGAGCCUACGUUCUCAACAACUGCCCAGCCUACAAAUACAGUCCAGACAGCAACUAUUUCACAACCAACACAAACUGAAAUCAAACCUAUAACUGAGGUCCAGUCAACAAUGACUACACAACUUGCAACAGUUACAACCCAGCCUACAAUCUCUACAACUGCCCAGCCUACAAACACAGCCCAUUCUGUGACUACCUUACAACCUACACAAACUGCAAUCAACCCAAUAACUACGGCUAUAACCCAGAACACAACAGAGCCUAAAACUUCAAUCCAGCUGACAAAAUUAACCCAACCUCAGAGUACAACUCAAGCUACAAAUAUACCUACAACCAAAUCUGCAACUUCUGCAAUCCAGACCAAUACUACAACCCAAGCAAUAUCAACUUCAAUCCAGUCAACAAUGACAUCAAACCCUGCGACAACUACAACCUACACUUCAAACUAUAACACAGACUAUAGCUUCCUCCCAGCCAAAUAUAACUAUGUUACCAUUCAUAACAACUACAAACCAGGUAAUAACUACACUGGCAACAACUGCAACCCAGUCUACAUCUUCAACUAUAACCUCAUCUAA